AACAAACUUACGACUGCAAUGCGACAGUGUAUUACACGAAGAAUCAUGAAUAAUAGAUAAUAGUGGAAGAGAUUUGAAAUGUUAUGUUGUAAUAUAAUUUGGAACCUUCAUGUGUCUAAUUGAAAACAUGGGAUUACCGUUCGAAAUUGGUUCAGUGCCUUCGUGAUUAAAAGUUGCUUGGCGGCCAAAUUCCGGUUGUGUAGAAUAUUUUUGUGCACACUGUCACUAAAAAAAGUUCUCAUUACAUAUGAUCACUGAAACUUCAUACUUGGCAUCCGAAUGGGAAACAUGAAAUUCGUUUAGUUUACUUCCCGAUUCCUUUAUAUUCGGAAGAUUGGUUCUCGGACUUCACUUUUAGUUUUUUGUGUUCUAUGUAUUCUGAUUCGUUUUCUCUUCUUAUCCUCGGGACAUCUAGAUGCUUAAUUCAUAUUAAUCAUUAAUUACACAUUUUAAAUGAUAGUUACUCAUUAUUUAGGGAUUCCAGUCAACGUUCAUGGAAGUAUUGUUACUUAUUAUUUAUUUUGAGGAUUGAGGGAAACUGUUAUUUCGCCCUGGAAAAUACACAACUUUGUUCGAGAAUCUCAUCAAGGUUACAGCGGAAAACAUACACUUACUUAAAAGCUACCUUUUAAAUUGAGUCGAUUCUUUUUCGGAAAUGUUAUCAUACGAACAAGCUAUGGUACCCACAUAUUAAUCGUGGAAUCUUGAAACAUCAGGUCUGUUGUGCCAACGCGCUAGUACCAUUUAUUUCAGCGUGUAGGCUUAAACACGCUUAAAUGACCACUGGUUAAUUGAAGCUAUAGGGAAUUAGUUAUACCUUUUUAUUGUACAUCGAGAAUUUUUCACAGUUUUCAAAGUGUCAGUGUUUUUCAAACAAAUCCUUCAUUUAAAAAAUUCCAUGGUUUUUAGGAAGCUGGUACUACCCUGGUGUUAUUUCCUCAGUCAGUCACAACUUAGAAUCUCAUACAUAUGUGCUUUAGUACAGAGAGAUGAAAUCGUAUGGCCAAAUCUCAAAAUAGUACAGGAAUUAACAGUAUGAGUGGUGAAUGAAAGGAUUAGUCAUUCGAAUUCGAGAAAAUGUGAACCAGGGGGAUAAUAACCCAAAAGAAGUAAUGAAGAACUCAGAAGCUCAGAUUUUCACGGGAAACAGAAUAGAUGAAACCUACACCAUUGUGAACAGUUCUGAACUAUAUCAUUCAGUCCCUAAUCAUUGAUUGCGUUAAUCACACGUACCCCAACUAAGUAGUCUACAGCUAUUAACAUGACAGUCCAACUUCCAGCGACUUUAUAGAAUAGUGCCAUUUUUUGGUUUGGCCACCUCUAGCUUUCUUAUAGCCUGCUUUUACAUUAGACAUCUAUCAUUGAGGUAGGCAGUGGUUCUCAAUACGUGGCGCAUCUUCCAACCAUCUAAAUCGAUGGAGAUCAACUCGUCAAUUGAAUUAUCAUCCUUACCUAGUACCCCACUCCUAACUCAGCCAUUGCUUAGUCCGUAGUCCUUAAAUACAUAUGCAAUGCUUCAAGUACACCUUUGACCGUAUACUAGUAAUUUGCGAAAAUCCUAUGUUGCUAAUGACCAUGUUUCACACCUAGGAAAUAGAACACAGUAAACUCGUCCAGCCAAUGUACGAGUUUCUGGUGUUAUUCAACAGCAAUGGGAUGUUCUUUUGUCACAUAUUAGUACUCCUAAUGGCUUUCUUAAGACUGUAAUAUAUUUAAUGCCGAGGAGAGUAAAACAAAGGGCUCCAUCAUACCGUAAACUUUAUAAAACAUUCAGCCAACACGUUGCUCUUUCGAGCCAAAACAAUUUUCCUUUGUGUAGAUGAUUUUAGUUGCCAGCUCAUACUACGAUAUCUCUUGACUUUUUAAUGAAUUCUCAAUUGCAUAUAUAUAAUGCCUCGAGAAAAAAUGCAGUAGUGUUUGAUGAAUAAGGUCAUGCACCAUGGGUUUCUUUGGUGUCUUGUUGCUGAUGUGCACUAUGUUUUGUUUGCCUUAUCCAGCAGUAGGGUCUCCCUGGCAAUGACUGUCAAUAUGUAUUCGUAUAUAAACAUUUCGUUAGGGAUAGCAAAUUACUCACUCUUCUGUACCCGAGUUCUCGAGGUUAUCACUGUGCAUCAAAUAUCAAUCAGUCACUCAGUAAAACCAGAAUCAGAAUCUUGUAUAUGUGUAACGGUUCAACCAACUACACCACAUUAUCAUAGCAAGACGAAAUUAUUAGAAUCAAUGUCAGUUGCGUGACACACAGUACCCAUGCUCAAGCACCGACUACUGCUGCGCUCAAUGCUAACUGGUGUUCGAGACGGUUGGAAGUAAGUUCGGUGCGGCCAAAUCAAAAUUUGGCAUCAGUUCAUAAAGUCACUAACUUCUGGUUUAAGCCAUGUUGGUAGAUGUAGACUACUUGGUUGGGGACCGCGCGCCCAUCGUAACGAGUGGUUGGAGACUCAGAAUUGACUACAAUGGCAUAGGUUUAUACACUUUGUCUUCCCUUAAAUAGUGAAAUUAAAAUUACUUUAUACCGUUCUACGAUUUAACUCUUCGUGUAUCAUAUCCUUAUAUGAAAUUUUUUUACUAUCGCCAAAGUAGCUGCUUCCACGGAUUUGGCGUUAAUGAAUUAGGUGCUAAUGAGGUGUGACAACAUGAAUCGAUGCAUUUAUAUGCCUGGUCCUAUGUCCUGGAUGACUGAACACUGAUUUCAAAUUAGCUACUACUAGUUCAGGAAGAUAUGUUUUUAUUCUGAAGAUAUUUUUUGUUCAUGUACUAUGACAGUUGCAGUCUUGGUAAGUUAUUGAUAGUCGAGCUAUGCGACUAAUAAUCUAAAAGCGUAGAAUUGCUAUCGAUCCGAGUUAUUUUACUGAUGGAACGAUGAAAAGUGAGAUUUAAACUUACUUUUCAGAUAGUCUUAUUCUUUGCAACAUUUUUCAAAUAAAUGUUUAUUUUCUAGUUUUUGAGUUAAAAUCUUUUGGAACCAGUGUUUCCGUGUGUUUUUGUCAAACCACGUACAUGCAAUUUGAAAACCGAUUAGUAAACAACGAGACAUUAGGUCCACAGAAUCUUCUAAAAUGCACUUAAACUUCCACAUCUUGGAAGUUACACUUAUCCAUGCGCUGCAAUAGCUCAUUACAUAAGAGAAAUAAAGCACCGAAUAUGUUUUAGGGUCUUCGGACUGACCCAGACAAUGCUAAAGUAGUACCUGGCUCUCUAACAUAAAAGUAUGUUUUCUUAAACUUGUUUGUUAACUGUUUUGCAUGUGAACCCAUUCUAUCCUUUUUAUUUGUUUUUCCCGUGUAGAUUGUAAACAUUCUGAGAGUAACAAGUACCUUUUCAUCACGUAUCGGCCUCUUGUCGGUAGUUAUUUGGUAAACUGCGUAUUACGAUUUUCCUGUAUUCAACUUUUGGAUGGUUAAAGACCGACUGCCUGAGCUUGAAGCUCGUAUAAAGGUCAGAAAUGGAAAUGCCAGGAAGAAGGCAGAGUUGGACUUUUCUCAACUACAUGCUGCUGUUUUCGAUCAGGUCAAUGAACUUCACUCUGAUAUUGAUAAUUUACGGCAAGAUAUUAAUGCAGUUGACAGGCUACAAAAAGACAUACUGGCUACACCUCAACAAGAUCCAAAACUGGAUAGUCAACUUAGUGAGCUCACCAAUUCCAUCCGAGAAAGGGCUCAUAAAAUUCGGAGUUCCUUGAAAGAAUUAGGGCAACAGGAAGAUGAUAAACUUCUGUCAGGAUUAUCUGGUAAAUGUCGUCUAAAGUCGUCUCAGCAUGCUGCUAUUUCCCGACAAUUCGUCCACAUUAUGAACAAUUAUAGUCAACUACAAGUAGAUUAUCGUGACAAGUGUAAGGCUCGAAUUCGAACCAAGCUCCGUAUCGCUGAAGUCUCAUUUUCGGAAGAUGAGGUUGAAAAGAUGUUAGAAAAAAACCAUACGGGUAUUUUUACACAGGCUAUUAUGGCUGAAACAGAAGCUGCGAAGCGAUCAUUAUCGGAUAUCGAAGCUCGUCAUGCAGACAUUAUACGGCUCGAAAAAAGUAUCCAGGAGAUGAAAGAGUUAUUCUUCAAUGUCGCUCUUCUAGUUGACCAACAAGGUGAUUUAAUCGACCAGGUUGAAUACAAUUUGAAUAAGGCAUCUGACUGUGUUGUAAAUUCAAAGCGUACCCUUUCAUCAGCCGUAAUUAGAAAUAAGAAAAAUCGUCGAUGCAAAAUAAUCUGUAUUAUAUUGGUUGUUGUUAUCUCCAUAUUGAUCCUGAUCUCAUUAGCUUCCGCAAUCGGUUUAACACGAUGAUCAACAGUUUACUUAGUAUAUAAGGAUGAAGUUUGAAAACAACGAAUUUCAGUUUGCCAAAUUUUAUCGUUAUACUCUCAAUUCAAAUCAGUCGAGGAUUAAUUACAAUAAUAAUAUGCAUGAUGCGUGCGUAUACAAACACAUCUCAUUUACUCCUAUCUUGUUUAUUGUGUACAGAAAAGAUUGGAAAAUGAUGCGCCAAACCAAUCGUUCUUUUAAUUUUUACUCACUUGAGAUACUUGCUUUUUUGUACAAAAC